UAUGAAAUUAUACGAAAUAUAAUAUUAUUAUAGUCUCUAUUGAAAUUUAAAAAAUAACCUUAUCAUAUUUUUAUUCAUUUCAUUAAGGAUCAGACCACACCUUAGAUACCUUCCUCCUCCAUCCCUAUAAAUAACAAAGCUUACCUAUCUUGUCCAUACAAUCCCCUUGACUUAAUUAGUACACUACUUUCUUCUAGAACUUCUUCUCCUUCUUCCAAUUACUUCUCAACACACAAUGGCCAAUUGGACAAAAAACCAAAACAAGAAAUUUGAGGAGGCAUUGGCUUUAUUUGACAAAGACACUCCAGAUAGGUGGCAUAAUAUUGCUAGGUGUGUUGGUGGAAAAUCAGCAGAGGAAGUGAAGAGACACUAUGAAUUGCUUGUAAAAGAUGUCAUGCAAAUAGAAAAUGAUCAAGUUCCUUUGCCUAAUUAUAGGGGUGCUAGUAGCAAUGGAAGAAGUUAUUCCAAUGAACAAAGGCUUAUGCAGAAUCUGAGGUUAUAGCAAGAAGAAAAUUGUAUCGAUGUAUAAUAUCAUCUAAUUAUCAUUACUAUAAAAUGCAAACAAAAAUUAAUCCAUGUCUAUUUUAUGCUAAUAUGUAUUAAAGUACUUUGCUUUUGUUGUUAAAAUGUAUAACAUGAACGCAAAUAAUACCAUGCUUACUUAA